GAAAUUUUCUUUGGUACUACUAAUCUACUAUAUAUCUAAUAUCUUCGUACACAGUUUGUCCCCAAAACAAUCAGAAAUGGCUGUCAAAAACACCUUCCGGUUGUCCCUAAAGCAGUUUCAAUUGCUUCUUCUUCUCUUAUCACUGUUGCCCUUCUCUGCAACUCCAUUGACCUUCAAUUUCCCCAGCUUUCACCCUGCUGAUACCAGCCAUAUAUUUAUGGAGGGAGAUGCUUCCCCCGAUGGCUUCCUCCGACUCACAAAAAGUGCUGUUGACCAGGUACUAUAUGGGAGCGUUGGUCGAGCCACCUUCAAAGAAAGCUUCCUCCUCCGACAAAACUCCACCGGAAAAUUAGCUGAUUUUACAUCAAGUUUCACAUUCGCCAUUGACUCCAGCAACGAGACCGACUACGGUGAUGGGCUGGCCUUCUUCCUAGCGCCGUCCGGGUCCUUACUGAACCUCACAUCAGGAUCAGGUAGCAGUCUUGGCCUCCCUGUCAACUGUACGCUGGCAAACUAUACCAUGUCGAGUACCGAAUACCCGUUUGUGGCGGUUGAGUUUGAUAUCUACCCCAAUUAUAAGACAAAAACGAUUGAUUGGGGACUGGAUUACACUCAUGUAGGCAUCGACAUCAACUCCAUCAAGUCUAACGUUACUGAGCAAUGGGAUGGGGGUAUCAAGGAAGGAAAAGGAAAUAAUGCCACAGUUAGUUACAACUCCACCUCGAAAAAUCUUAGUGUUGCCUUCACUACGAUUCAAACUGGUGUAGAUGGGCACGAAGUCCAGGUGAUCAAAAGUGUUUAUUUCUUAGUUGAUCUGCUUCAAUACUUGCCCGAUAGGGUCAUCGUUGGGUUCUCUGCCUCAACCGGUCUCUCAGUUGCUCUGCAUAAGAUCGUCUCAUGGAAUUUCACUUCAACUCCUCUGGAUGAUGAUACUGCAGCAUCGACCACAAGUUCCAACAACAAUAUAGGACUAGUGGUUGGAUUGGGCGUUGGUGGAUGUCUUACCUUGGUUGGUGUGUUGGCUUUGCUUUGGUUCAUAUUUUGCAAGAGAAAGAGAGGAACAGAGGAUAGUAGUGAUGAUGAUACUAGGGUACUUAAUGAAUCGAUUCCUGAAGAAUUCGAAAAGGGGACAGGCCCUAGGAAAUUUUCGUACAAUGAGUUGGCCCUUGCGACUAGUAAUUUUGUACAGGGAGAAAAACUUGGGGAAGGAGGGUUUGGUGGAGUUUACAAAGGCUUCAUCAAAGAUAUGAACUCGUAUGUAGCUGUUAAGAAGAUAUCGAGGGGGUCUAAACAAGGGCUGAAGGAGUACGGAGCAGAAGUGAGUAUCAUUAGUCGGCUGAGGCAUAGGAAUCUGGUGCAACUCAUCGGUUGGUGCCAUGAAAAGAAACUCCUACUUGUUUACGAAUUCAUGCCCAACGGUAGCUUGGAUUCCCAUUUGUUCAAAGAAAAAAGCUUAUUAACUUGGGAGGUAAGAUACAAAAUUGCACAUGGAUUGGCCUCGGGAUUGCUCUAUCUACACCAAGGAUGGGAACAAUGUGUGCUGCACAGGGAUAUCAAAUCCAGCAAUGUUAUGUUGGAUUCCAAUUUUAACACGAAACUUGGAGAUUUUGGGUUAGCCAAACUUGUAGACCAUGGAAAACUCUCGCAAACAACAAUUGUGGCUGGAACCAUGGGCUACAUGGCUAUGGAAUAUGUUACAACGGGAAAGGCUAGCAAGGAAUCAGAUGUCUUUAGCUUUGGUGUUGUUGCUUUGGAAAUAGCUUGUGGGAGAAAACCAAUUGAUCCCAGGUAUGAAGGAAAGCAAAUCAAUAUGGUGGAGUGGGUUUGGGAACUCUAUGGACAAGGGAAAAUCAUUGAAGCAGCCGACCCAAAAUUGUGCGGGGAUUUUGAUGAGAAGCAAAUGGAAUGCUUAAUGGUGGUUGGGUUAUGGUGUGCUCAUCCGGAUUACAAGUCUAGGCCUUUGAUACAACAAGCAAUUCAAGUGCUUAACUUCGAAGUUCCAUUGCCUAAUCUCCCAUUGAAAAUGCCUGUGGCCUUUGCUCUUCCACUAUCACUCUCGAUGUUGUAUGGUGGUGACACUACUGGAGGUCAAAGUGAGUCUUCAGGAUAUGGUUCUACCAUCAACUCCUCACAGUUCACCUCAUCUUUAGAAUGUGCACAUUCUAAUCCAUCAGCAGCUUUAUAGUAAGCAGAUUUAAUAUUGAGUUCAUCUAGCUUAAUAAAUUAUUAAAUUGAUAACCUGUAUUACGCUUCCCUAUCUUCCAAAUAUUUGUACUUUAUUUAUUGUAUUGUGUUAUAUUUGGAAAAUUGCUAUUGGUAUUCCUCAAAAGUCA